AUGGAUAAUGAGAAAAUGGGGGACAUGCGUGUGCCAAGCACGGACAGCGUGAGAGUGGCAGUGCGGGUGCGGCCUUUCAGCCAGAGAGAGAAGAGCUCCGGAAGCCAAUGUGUGAUUUCCAUGCAUUCCCAAAGCACCACCAUCCGAGACCCGAAGGACAGAGAGCUUGUGAGGACCUUCACCUUUGACCUGGCGUAUUGGUCUCACGAUGGAUUUCAAAAGGGUGAAGAUGGUGUCCUUAUUCCAUCUGAUCCAACCAGUAAAUUUGCGGGCCAGAGUGACGUCUUCCACGAUAUCGGGAGGGGAAUUCUAGACAGUGCCUGGAGAGGCUACAACGCCACUCUCCUGGCCUAUGGCCAGACCGGCUCUGGAAAAAGCUACUCCAUGAUUGGCUUCGGCAAAAACAAGGGUAUUAUUCCAAGAGUGUGUGAAGAGCUCUUCCAAGCUAUCGAGAAGCAAAAGGAAAAUCUAGAAGCCCAGGUCAUGUUUAGCAUGCUGGAAAUCUACAACGAACAGAUCAGAGAUUUGCUCUCUCGAACCAAAGCCCCCGGCGGGCUGAAGGUCAGGGAAGACCAGCAGCUGGGGUUCUUCGUGGCAGGCCUGAAGUGGGUGCCGUGCGGGAAUUACGCGCAGGUUGAAAAGCUAAUGGAGCAGGGCUCCAAAAUCAGGAUGACGGCCUCCACCAACAUGAACGCCAGCAGCAGCCGGUCCCACGUGCUCGUCACCAUCCAGUUCAAGCAGGUUUUCCUGGACACAGCUCUCACCAAACAAUCCAGCAUCAACAUGGUGGACUUGGCGGGAAGUGAGAGGCAGAAGUCCUCAGGGUCUGAAGGAGACCGGCUGAGGGAAGGAUCGAGGGUCAAUUUAAGCCUAACCAGUUUGGGAAACGUCAUCAGUGCUCUGGCUGACUCGGCCAUGGGGAAGAAGGUCCUGCAUAUUCCCUACAGGGAUUCGGUUCUGACCAAACUGCUCCAGUCGGCUCUGGGUGGGAACAGCCGGACAACACUGAUUGCAGCCAUCAGUCCCGCUGACAUCUGCUAUGAGGAAACCUUGUCGACGCUGAGAUACGCCGAGAGGGCUAAGAAGGUUCAGAACAAGGCCGUGGUCAACACCUGCACCCUGGUGAGGGCGUCCAGGGCUGAGAACAAGCUGCUGCUCGGAUCCGGGGACGCUGGAGUGGCAGAAAACUCAGCCCAUUUCCUGGCAGAACUGCAGCUGGGGACUCGGGUAACCUGGGCCCACCUGCUGGAGCAGGCGCGGAGGGAGUGGGAGCAACAGCACGCGGCCCUCACACAGGAGCAGGAGAUGGUGAAGACCCUCCCACAUCUCCUCAAUGUCAACGAGGACCCGCAGCUUACAGGGGUCCUCAAGUACUUCAUUCAUGACGGCUCCUGUGAUGGUGGUCGGGCUGCCUCAAAUGCUAUCCGUCUUCAAGGCCUGGGAAUUUCGGAUAAGCACGUGUCCUUCGUGAAUUUGGACGGCGGAGUGACAGUCGCGCCACACGGCAAGUGCAAGGUCAUCGUUAACGGGGUACCUGUCACCAACAGGACAAAGCUGCAGCAUUUGGACCGCAUCAUCUUGGGAUCCAACAGCGCCUUCCUCUACAUCGGGUUUCCCUCGGAGCGGGGUGCUGAGGACCUGAGCAGAUUCGACUACGACUUUUUCCAGCUGGAGCGGGCAGCCGCUGAGGGAGUGAGUGUAGGCACACUUGGUGCUCUGAGCCCUGGAGCUGGCCAAGCCGACCCCAGCAUCUUAGCUGUGUUCCAGGACUACGUCAAACUCAUGCCGAUGGUUGUGGAAGCAAAUCAGAUGAGUGAAGAGCUGGAGAAGGGACUUAAAAUGGAAUUGAAGGUGAAGAAUUUAGCAUCCUCAGACUCCAGGGGCCAUGACCUCCAGAAAGAGGUCAUGGUGAAGGUGACCAAACAACAGACUCAUAAGGUAUGGAUCUGGUCAAAAGCCAAGUUUAUCAAUAGGAAAUUCCUGAUGGAAGAACUUUACCAGCGCUUUCUAGAGAGCGAAGACAGCCAGGUGGCUCAGGAAGAUGACCCUUUCUGGGACCCUGUGGAGGCUGUCCACUUGGGAUCAGCACACAUCUGGCUGCAGUCCCUGGCUCACUGUAUGAUGCUGGAGGAACAGGUGGAGUUUUUGAACUGCGAUGGGCUGGAGGAGGCUGUGCUGCACAUCCGAAUCGCCCCCUGCUCCCCGGAAGGAUGGGCACGAGGCGAGGAGGACAUGGUGAUUGACCCUCUGGAGCUUCUGGGCAAGAGAAUUGACUUCCAGAUUCACAUCGUGCGGUGCCUUGGUGUCAAAUGGCUAAAGGAAGAUGCAACGCGGGGCAUUCAGAUGGGGUACAAAGUUUAUGAUCUUCCAAAUAUUUUGUAUACCAAGCCUGUGUGGAAUAAUGUGAAUCCCCGAAUUGAAGAGACCAUCCACUUUGCAGCCUUGGGUGCCUCUCUUGAGUUUCUGAAUUAUUUAAUGACAAACGCCCUCAUUGUCGAUUUGUGGGGCCUCCAAGAAGGCUGUGUCCACCUGGGCUUCUCUCAGCUGGACGUCCUGCUCACAGAGGAAGGCCACGUCAUGGUAGACAGCAAGAAUUUUUCCAGCAUGAAGAAGGUGGGCCAGAUCACAUCAAACCAGAUGCCAGAACUUUACCAGAAGCUGCUCCGGUCAGAGCAGGAGACGGAGCUGCUCAGACGCGUGAACAGAGCCCUGAGAGAAGAAAACGUGCUUCUCAAGGCAUCACUGGAAAACACUGGUUCUGCUCAACAGGCCCAGAAGUCAGGUAAUCCAAACGGAGCUUCUAUGACAGCACAGCCGCCCACAGCUACAGAGCCUAAGCAAAGUUGUGCUCAGCAAGCCAGCUGUGAUGCGCAGCUGGCCAGAGCGCUGAAGGCGUUCUAUCAGGGCAUGAGCGCGGCCAGAGGGCGGCUCCUCACUCUGAGGCAGUGCAGACCUCCGGAAGACGAUCAGAUGCUCCGACCUUUUGUGCACCAACAGUCACAGAUGCUAAAGGAAUUGGAGGACCUGCUUGAAUCCAGUUUACAGAAGCUCAAAGCUGAUGUUGCUUUCAUAGUGAAGAAGAAGAAGGAGUAUCUACUGCCUAGCCAACAGUGAAGAUGAGCCAAAUGAAAACUCCUCUGACUUAGGCUCUGACUUAAUGAGCUUCACAGACUCACAUAACUGUGUCUACCAUUUUUAGAUAAGGUGCCCUCACUUGCCUCUUUUCUGACAGGGACUUGCUGUGUGGACCAUAAUGGCUUUAUCUUGCCUCUGUAGCCCAAGCCCCAAUACAGGGAUCACAGACCUGUGCCACCACCACAUUGGGUCUUAACUGGAUUUAAAAACCCUCUAAAAAUUGCUGGGCAGCGGUGGCAUAUGCCCUUGAUCCCGGCACCCAGGAGGAAGAGGCAGGUGGGUUUCUGAAGACAGAGCAAGUUCCAGGACACCAGGGCUACAGAGAGAAAGCCUGUCUUGAAAAAAAAAUGCUGUGAAAAUUAAUGCAUAUGCAAGAUGCCUGGUGAAUGUUAAGAACCUGUAACUCUGGAUUUGAUCAUUCAAGGUUCAGUCCUGGCUAAAUCUAUCACUUAUAAAUUGUACCAUGUGGGGCAACUCAUCCACCCUCUCUAAGCCUCAUUCCUCAUCAGUUAUUUGGGAUGGUUAAUAAUUACCAACCCCCUGGCAGACAGUGUGCUCAGCAUUUAGCAUCAGUGCUUUUGUGGGAAACAGCUCACAUUCGUUUUUUUUUUUUGUUGUUUGUUUUUGUUUUUUUUCCUUUAAAUGGCUCGUAUCUGCGAUCAUAGAACAGGGUAUAAAAUAGAAGGACCACUAAGAGUUCAAGGGCAGUCUGGGUUAAGUGAGACCUUGUCUCAAAAAAAUAAAAUAAAAUAAAAAGAACAGGCUGGAGAGGUGGAUCCGUGGUUAAGAGCAUCUCCUGGUCUCACAGAGGACCCAAGAUCAGUGCCAGUCCCCAAGGGGUGGCUAACAACUGGCUCUAAUUCUAUCUCCAGAUGACCCAGCGCCUGCCCUCUACAAGUACCAUACACACAUACAGACACCUACAAUACAUACAUUCAUACACAUAAUAAACCUUUUUUUAAAGGAAAAAAAACAACAACCAUAAUCAGAGAAGCUUCUCUUUGCAAUGAAUGGUUGUGACUGCAGAGAAUCAUUGCUGGUCAAGGUUAAUGGUACGUGACAACUGAAUGCUCAUCUCUAAAUAGAACAUUUAAAAAAGAGCUGGGAGAGGAAAAAUGACAGUGGGCUACUUUCUUCUGGUCAUAACACAGCCAUUACAACCAUGGUCACGACGGCUGUGGCUGCCUGCACUGAGCCUGUCGGCUAUCAAUCACAGGUUGGAGAGGGGCUCACUGGGCCCUGCCUCUCCCUGCUGAACCAUUAACUACUGAGUUGGGGACAGAUACUGUUUUCAGCUGUGUUCUCACUGGAUGCUAUCCAGUGGAUAGCGCCAAACCCAUGGGUGCCCAGGCCAUGGUUAAACUCAAUGGGACACAGAAGAAAACAAAAAGUCAGGAGUGUGGGGAAGUGACAGGGUUGUUAAAGGGUGAUGAAAGAGGUGGUGUGAGAGUAAUCAGAGUGCGUUAUAUACAUGUAUACAAUUGUCAAAGAACAAAUUUAAUAAAAGCUUUCUUUAAAAGCAGGAAAUUCUAAUUUGUGACAAACGAGAUAAGCUUAAGAGGACACUGUGCUAAGUGAACAAUCAAUCUACAGAGAGACAAAUAUAUCAUUUCAUACAUACAAAAAAUAACUGACAGAACUGAUGGUGAGAUGGUGUGUACCGGGAGCUUGAGGGAGGUGGUGAAAUGGAAUCAGGAGUCCUUCAUCAGUGGUCAAAGUCACAGGGAGGAAGCCUGUGUGUUCUGUCCCAGACUAAGUAUAGUUAACAGUAAUGGAAAUGACAGGAUUUUAAAUGUUCUCACCACAAAUAAUAAUUUGAGAUGGUAGAUGUUAUUACUUUGUUUAUUCUAUAGUGUGUACAUGUAUUUAUCUUUUUCUGUUGUUGCUGUUCCCAGAUAGGGUCUAAUUUAUGUAUGUAGCUUUGGCUGUCCUGGACUAUGUAGACCAGGUUGGCAUAGUCACAGAGCUCUGCCUGGCUCU